ACGUACCUCUACUCAGCCUUGGAAUAGGUAGCUUACCUCCAGAACACCUCCAUUCGAUCAAGUUUGUUCCAUAUCCCACACCCAACUUAUGCCCUCUGGCCCAUGGCAUCCACUUCUUCACUCUCCACCCCCCAGAAGCAUCUCACAUAGCUUCCUACAUCCACAACCGCAGUAUAAUCAUCACUCAAUUCAUAAUUACUUCUCCUCAAUCUCCAAAAUGGCAGCUGGUGUUAGCCACGAAUCUCUCAACCCUCUUAACCCCGUCAUUCUCCCCAAACUCGACCCCAAAUUCGUCGAAAUCUAUAACAAGAAUGUCGCCAAUACGCCGAACAAGCCCAUAGACCUCAACGUGCUCCGCAAAGUGUACUCGCGAAUGUACGGCUAUGGCACAGCAGCUGGCCCAGAAUGCGCCAAAGAGUACGAACUCGAGGUGCCCGGGUGGAGCAAAUAUCCCGGGAACAUCACGAUUCGGCUUUAUGAGCCGUAUGGUGAAGAACCCGAGGCUGGGUGGCCUGUACACUUUGAUUUUCACGGCGGCGGCUGGGGUCUAGGAGAUCUAGAAACCGAAUCGCAUAUUUGUCGUCACAUCUGCGUCAAGGCCGGCGUUAUAGUAGUGGAUGUAGACUACCGUCUCGUACCAGAAUACCCAUUCCCGAUCGGCGUCCGCGACUGCGAAGAGGUGUUCAGACACGUACUUUCCAAGGCUGCAGAAUUCAAGAUAAACCCGUCUAUCAUAACCUUUGGCGGUGUCUCUGCAGGUGCCUGUAUAGCCCUAAUCGUGAACCAUCUUGCACGAGACGCCGGAAUACCCAUCAAGGGCGUCAUUGUGGGCACGCCUACAAUUGCAGAUAUUUCGACAUGUGCCACAGCAUCGGACUCGCCGUACUCGUCCAUCAAAGAAAUGGAAUUUGCCCCGUUGUUGAAUUGGGCGCGGCUGAAGUGGUUUGACACGCUGAAGUGGGACUCGCUUGAAAAAGUAGACACCGUGAAGCGAGCGGAGCAGGAAAGGGACGUGAGCUGGUUCCGGGACAUCAUGCAAGCACCCAAUUGCGAAGGCCUAGCUGAUAUUACGGUGAUCAUGACGGCGGAGUGCGAUCCCCUGCGUGAUGAGGGAGAGGCGUAUGGGAAGUUGAUUGAGGCGAAGGGAAAUAAGGUUGUGGUGAAGAGGUUUAAGGGCGUGCCGCAUCCGUUUCAGCAUAUGGAUGUGGCAUUAGAUCAGGCGAGGGAGUUUAUCCAAGAUACGGUGGAUUAUGUGAAGGAGUGUCAGUAGAAUAGAUAAGACAGCGGGAUAUCUGAUAUUUUGAACUUCGAUUUGCUGCAGUGUGCACACCGGUCUAACGUUGUAUGGCCGCGCUAACCUUUUGCAAACACCAAGUAAAGGAUUCCAGGGCGUGAACCAGAAGCUAGUCCAGACAUCCUCUUACGCUCAUAAAUCGUCGAGUAAGCCAUCCAAAU